CCUGUACUUAACCAUCGUAAACCUCCAAAACCCUCCUCUUUAUAUCGAUCGACGCCCCUCUCUCUCUCAAAAAAUAAAAUAAAAUUUCUCCUUUCGAAUCUCAGUACAAAUCCAUGGAUUUCGAUACAUCAUCAGACGGCAACAAGCGAAUCUUCAGUCGCCUGGGCCCACCAUCAGAUCGAUCUCAGCCAAAGGUCUGCUACCAGUGGCAAUCAGGCCGAUGCUACCGCCUUCCCUGCCCCUUCCUUCACACCAAUUUGCCGCCGAAGCGAACCCAACAAUAUCACCCUGACGAUCCUCGAAGUUUCCAAUCCUCAGAUCCUGCCCCAUUCACCCGCAGAAACCCUAACCCUAAUUAUUCUGCUAACCCUAACCGUAAUUAUUCUGCUAACCCUAACUACCGGGGCGCUUCUUCGAAGUGGGGCCGCGGGCGAGGCCGCGGCGGGGCUUUGGGAAAACCGAGGGCCAUUGAGAAGGUCUGCAGUUACUGGAUUGCUGGGAAGUGCAGCUACGGUGAAAGCUGCAAGUACUUGCAUACCUGGUUCAUCGGGGAGUCUUUCACGUUCUUGACGCUGCUCGAAGGGCACCAGAAGGGCGUUAUUGGAAUUGCACUUCCAUCCGGGUCGGACAAGUUGUAUACGGGAAGCAAGGAUGAAUCUGUUCGGGUUUGGGAUUGUCAGACUGGGCAGUGUAUUGGAGUGGUUAAUCUGGGAGGUGAGAUUGGGUGCUUGAUUAGCGAAGGCCCGUGGAUUUUUGUUGGUCUUCCAAGUGUUGUCAAGGCAUGGCACACCCAAUCUAACACAGAGCUAAGCCUCAGUGGACCUGUUGGACAAGUCUAUGCUCUAGUUGCUAGUAAUGAUAUGCUGUUUGCCGGAACACAGGGUGGAAGUAUAUUGGCAUGGACAUUCAAUGCUGUUGGAAAUUGCUUUGAGCCAGCUGCUUCUCUUAUUGGUCAUGGCCUUGCAGUCAUGUCAUUAGUUGUCGGAGCUGGGAAACUUUAUUCUAGUUCCAUGGACCAUACAAUCAAAGUAUGGGACCUUGGGACUCUACAAUGCAUUCAUACUCUGACAGAUCACACAUCAGUUGUUAUGUCAGUUCUUUGCUGGGAUCAGUUUUUAUUAUCUUGUUCUUUGGACAAAACAAUAAAGGUUUGGGCAGCUACAGAAACUGGCAACUUGGAAGUGACUUACACACAUAACGAAGAACAUGGUGUCGUCGCCCUCUGCGGGAUGCAUGAUAUGCAGGACAGACCUGUGCUUUUGUGCUCAUGCAGUGACAAGAGCGUCCGCCUCUAUGACCUGCCAUCGUUUAGCGAAAGGGGAAAAAUGUUUUCGGAGGAGGAAGUACGGGCUAUCCAAACAGGUCCUGGGGGCUUAUUCUUCACAGGGGAUGGGAGAGGGGAGUUGAAAGUUUGGAAGUGGUCGACGGCGUAGUUCAUGUCAUGGUGUCAUUUUGCACUUUAUACUGCCCACCCGUCAUUGUAUUCUUCUUCUAUUUAAUUUUUCUUUCCUUUUCUUUUUUUUCUUUUUCUGUUUUUGUGUAAACUAUGUAAGGGAUGGGUGUGAGAUCAGAAAAGGAAGUCUAUUACUGUGUGAAGCCAUAUCUGUGUUUCCACCACCGUUGGAUUCAGUUGAUCACAUGAUUUUCAAUAGUCAAAGUGGAUCCAACCCAAUGGUGGGGGAAACACAGACACAAUCCCCUUGUUACAGAGA